AUGCGUAUCGAGCCCUGUUACUUUUGCGGGCGGCCCGCCUACCCGUCCAAGGGCAUCACCUUUGUCAGAAACGACGCCAAGUCGUUCCGCUUCUGCCGAUCAAAAUGCCACCGUAACUUCAAGAUGAAGCGCAACCCGCGCAAGCUCAAGUGGACCAAGGCGUACCGCCGCAAUGCGGGCAAGGAGAUGACGGUGGACAGCACGCUGCUGUUCGGGGCGCGGCGCAACGAGCCGGUGCGCUACGACCGCGACCUCGUGCAGAAGACGCUGGCGGCCAUGGAGCGCGUCAGCGAGAUCCGCGCCCGCCGCGAGCGCGUCUUCUACAAGAAGCGCAUGGCCGGCAAGCGCGAGCGCGAGCUGGCGACGGCGCGCAAGCUCGUCGCCGAGAACGAGCACCUGCUGCCGCGCCUGCGGGGCAGCGAGCGCAAGCGCCUCGAGGAGCUGGCCGCCGAGCAGGGCCUCGACGUCGACGAGCUGGUCGAGGAGUCCAUGGCCGCGACGGCCGGCAAGACAAAGGUCUUUGGCGUCGAGAAGAAGAGGCUGCGGGUGCGGGCCGACGGGGACGUCGAGGAGGAGGGCGCCGAGGACGACGGCAUGGACAUGGACUAG